AUGUCGCCAGUUGAAUAUUGUUCAGAAAGAGAAAAGACUAUCCAUCCGCAGACCACCGACAAAGUUUUCCGUUGUUGUGGAGAACGGGUACCACCACAUUUACUUCUACCAGUCUCCCGUAAUUCAACAAAAGUCAAAAGGGAACCAAUAAAAACUACAGCCGGUGGUUCAGCCUCUGCACCGUCAACAGAAACCAGGCCAAAUAGAAGAGAUAAAGGGAAGGGUAAAGCCUCACAAAAUAUUGAAACAAUUCUUCUUCUUUCCAGCCCGACAAACUCACCAGAGAGGAUUGUCAAAACAGGUCAGUUAACAGCCCGUCAGAUUGUGGAACUUUACCGUCAAGGCUCAAUUAGUAAAACUUCUACAGAAUCGAAAAAACAGAACUCAACAUUUGGUUUAGUGCCUGCCCUCACAUCACCAGCCCCCGCCAGCAGACAAAGUACUCUCAAAAUUACAGCUAGAGAUUCCCGCAAGUUAGUCAUAUACGUUGGCUCUUUAGAUGAUAAAUGGAGUUCAUACAAGAAUAUAGGUGUAUCAUCAAAGAUAUUUGAGGACUUAGAUGAGCUCAUUAUCGAUCACUCUGAUUUUGCUUUCAGUCUCUUGAGCUCCUCUCCUAAUUGGCAGGAUGCUAUCACCGCAGAGUCAUUAGAUAUACAUCAAGUCCUUGUUGCAACGCAUUUCCACCCCAAAGAUGGACCCCAUAGGUUGGAGGUCAGGAGCAAGCCAAUAACAGUUAGAGAUUUUCUGAUGGAUUUUCCUGGAGGGCCGUCUACCAAAAUUGUUUUGGUAGUCAAAUACCAAACAGAAGAACAACGGGCAAUCAGGAUCAAAAAAGAGAAGGAGGAAACACAAGAGUUUCUCACUGCUGUACGGGCAAGAAGAGACAGGUUUGAUUCACCAGCGGUUAUCAAAAAGGAGCUUUCUAUGAGAGUAGGAGAAAAGGCACCUUCCCCAGAAGACGAACAUUUUACCAGUGAUCCCCCAUUGCCAUCUACUCCUACAUUAAAAAGAGAUUCAACGGCUUUGACUCCUGAUCUACCUGAGGAGUCAAAUUGUUUACUUAGCUCUCCCCAUUUAGAGUCCUCUCCGUCACCAAUUGGUAAAGAUAUUCCUUCAAUACUAUUUGAAGGGAAUGCUAUACAAGAGAUCAGAAAAUCUAAUCGGCAGCCAAAGAAGAGGAGGAGAUUAUAUGAGGAUAGUGAUUAA